AUGCCACCAUUUUUCGUUUAUCCAGAGCUUAAACCACGAGCAUAUAUGCCACUGACUGGAGCUGCAGAGGGAAGCAGUAUUGCCUACACUAAGAAAGACUGGAUGGAUGGCAUAUUUUCUCAUUUUACUGACCACUUCAAUAAGUUUGCUGGCACUGAGCGACCUGUUGUGCUUCUGUUAGACAAGGUCGGAAGUCACAUUAGCCAGGAAGUGUUCAUGAAAGCAAAGGAAAGGGGGAUUGAGCUGUAUCGCAUUGUCCCCAAUGCUACACACUUAAUGCAGCCCCUGGAUAAAGGUGUUUUUGAUCCCUUGAAAUCAAAAUGGCACUUGGUAGCUAGGAAAUAUGCCCGUGAAAACCCUGGUAGAACCAUUGGGAAGGAGAUAUUUGCACAGAAGUUAACAGAGGCUUUCCUGAACUUUUAUAAACCACUGACUGUUAUCAAUGCCUUUAAGUCAUCAGGUAUUUACCCUGUGGAUAGCAGUCAUCUCAAGAGAAAGCUUAAAGCCUGGACCGACAUUCUCUGA